AUGCUGGUUGACUGGGCUAAUGGUAUGAACCUUGCAGUGGAAUCCGUGCCUGCUGAUGGGUCUAUGGGUGGACUGGUGACACUCUGGAAGGCUGGCUAUUUUGAUGUGUUAAAUGUGAUCAAAAACCAAAGGUUCUUAAUCCUGAUUGUCAGAUUUCCCAAUAUUACUGAACCCUAUCUACUGGCUAAUGUCUAUGGGCCAAUUCGUGAUGAUGAGAGGGGAAAUUUCUUUGCUGAACUUGGUCUUCAUCUAAAUAAUUUUUGCGGUCCUAUAGCGAUUGGAGGAGAUUUUAAUGCUACAUUACAUGAUAGUGAAAGAAAGGGGUCAGGCAACGUUAGUGGUAGUGAUCAAUUUUUCAAACUCUUUGUGGAGAACUACCAUCUGAUUGAUCUACCUUUGAGGAAUGGUGAGUUUACGUGGACUACCACGAAGAAUGGCGGGCUCUGGAGCAAAUUAGACAGGUGGUUGGUUAAUGAUGAUCUGAUACUAACUUUUAAUGGAGCAGCACAAUCGGCUGAGGAAUGGAAUGUCUCCGAUCAUCGCGCAGUAACUCUGUCAGUGGGGUCUAGAGACUUUGGACCCAAACCAUUUAGUUUCUUCAAUCACUGGCUGCUAGAGGAGGGCUUUAAAGACUUCGUGGAGGAGUGGUGGUCUUCUACGGUUGUGGAAGGUUGGUCGAGCUUUGCUCUGAUGCAGAAACUGAAGGGCCUUAGAACCAAAAUCCGAGAAUGGAGAUCCAGCAAAGGGGUUUAG